AUGCAGCUGACGCCCGGCUUUUACUUUGAUCUGGACGCCGCUGAUGCGCGCGCCUGCAAGCACGCGGCUUACCUCCGCGACUGCCCCUCCAUCGUCGCGGCGCUCGACGGGCUGCACGCCCACUGCGCGGACCUGCUCGAAGAGGCGAGCCGCGCCUCGACCAUCUCCCCGCCGGGCGCGCUGAGCGGGCGGGCUUGGCUCAUCGGCGGCGGCCGCGAGUCCGCGCGGAACCCGCAGCGAUGUGUCAUCAUUGGCUCACGCGCGCGCAUCGAGGCCGGCAGCACGCUCGACGUCUCGGUCGGAGACAUCUUCCUCGGCGAAGAUGUCGUGGUCGAGCCGGGCGCGCUGGUGCGGGGCCCGGCCUACAUCGGGGCGGGCUGUCUCCUACGGCACGGGGCGUACAUCCGGCAGGACGUCGUGCUCGGCGAGCGGUGCGUGGUGGGCGGCGAGCUGAAGCACGUCCUCGCGCUCGGGGACGGCGAGCUGCCGCACCAUGGCUAUGUCGGCGACUCGCUGCUCGGCUUCCGCGCGCACUUUGGUUGCGGCGCCGUGGCGGCCAACCUGCCCCUGUUCGAGAAGAGCUCCAUCCCCAUCCCCAUCCUCGUCGAGGCGACGGACGGCGGCGGCAGAGGCAUGGUCAACUACCUGCUGGGGCGGAGGAAGUUCGGCGCCGUCGUCGGCGAUGGCAGCCAGCUCGGGUGCGGCGUCGUCACCGAGCCUGGCUGCCUGCUUGCGCCGCAGACGCACGCGUACCCCCUCUGCCGGCUGCCGCGCGGCUGCUACGGCCCGCGGGAGAUUCUCAAAAACCGGCCGACAGUUGAGCGCGCGCCGCUGACCGGCUCAUACGCGUACGCCGAUGGCGGCGUGUUGGUGGGCACCUGGGAGGAAGACGAGCUGGCGCCGCUGGGCAGCCCGCGGCUGGACAGCCCUCAAAGUCGAAGGCAGAUGGAACGGUCCGCGGAGCUGGAUGCGGUCGCACGCGCGCUGCGGCGCAACGCGGCCGCCGCCCGCCGCUCGUCGGGGGGCGGCUUUAUUUGA